AUGGAUACCGUUGACUCUUACUAUUCGUAUUGGGCUGAUUCAAUGUCGGAGGACGAUUCGGAAGUUGCUGGCUCCCGAACCCAUCGUACGACUCGAGUUGGCGGCAUCACCUAUCAAUCAGUGUCCGAGUCCGAAGGAGAUUUUGGCGAUGAAAAUGCAUGCCUGAUUAAUAAGAAGAAGCCGGCGAGGAAGGAUGAAAGAACGCCGAUUUUGCAUCGAUCGGUAGGAGAUCCGGCCAGAAUUGCUGAAGAGGGACGAGCGACAAGAAGUAGCUGCACUUCCGGUGAUGAAGACCCGAAUUUUUUGAUAGACGAAGCUGUCCUGGCCGAGGAGUACGGAGCCCUGGCUGGCGGCGACGAGUUCAAGACGGCCAUGGAGGAGGCUAUUCGGGCAAUUCAUCAUGGGGUAUUCCCAGAAAGGAUUGCCCAGGGGUCCUCGGGAAGCUAUUUUGUGAAGAAUACGCAGGGGAAAAUCGUCGGCGUAUUCAAGCCGAAAAACGAGGAGCCAUACGGCCAUCUGAACCCGAAAUGGUUGAAGUGGCUGCAUAAGGUGUUCCUACCCUGCUGCUUCGGCCGGAGCUGCCUGAUCCCAAAUCAGAAGAAACAUCGAUACACAGGGGGCAGGCAGCGCUGUUUAGAGGAAAGUUACGGCGGCGUGUCUGGGCUUGGGGCAAAGAGUGGAGAGUUGCGCAUUAAUGGCGGA